AUGAAUGUAGAAGUCUUACUCUUGGCACUGAUUGGGAUUGUCAUAGCGGAUAAUACUUGUACUUACAUAAACCAGAACAAAAACGUGGUUUCUGUCAGCAAAGUUUCUAGAAGUUCUGGUGGCAACACAGAAGAGAUUGAUGUUCAAGUUGGGGAAUCAAUAACAAUUAGUUGUGUAGAUACAACCAACAAAGCAUUCGAGUAUGGAGCAAAGACUGUUUACAGUUGUGAUGAGGCAUCCACUGACAAGGUCAAUCUUCCUCUCUGUGUUGAUAAGUGUCAGACACUGUUAAACCUGGACCCAGACCAAGUGUCAGUGUUUGUACUAACAGACGGAACUGUGGUUACUGAUCAGACGUUAGCUAAAAGUACACCUGUAACCAUACAUUGCAGUCAAGAUGAAUACGCUCAGAUGUUCAAACAGGUUGACACCCAGGCGUGUGAACUGUGGAACAGUGACGCUCUCUGUAAAAAAAUGUGCACCCUCUCCUCCUACUCGCCCCUCAACACUGACCUCGCCAGUACUGGAGUAAAACCCUCUCUAGCGGACCCACAAUACCUACAAGUUGGCUUCUCUGUCUCCAUCUCCUGUAAAAGUGCUGAUUACGCUCAGCCCUUGGGAGCAGCGUCAUCCCACACCUGUAACCAGGAUCACGGGAACGAUGCUAUUGUCAUUGAAAACUGUAACAAGAUGUGCAGAGUUCCAACACCUCCCACUGACACUAUCUACCAGGCUACACAAGAUCAACUCAGACAGGGACAAGCUUUCACUGUCAAAUGCACAGGAGCCCUGAAGUUCCCUAUUGAUCAGACAGUUAGAGAGGUAGAGUGUCAGAGUGAUGGUACUUUUCACACUCCCUACCCUACUUGUCAAGCUACGUGUAAGAUAAGCGCUACAGACUCCGCCACUACAAAGCUAAACAAGACAAUAGUAGGAGGACUAGCCCAAAAGGAAUCAGUGGAAGUGUCGUGUGCUGAUGUUAACUUGUUGUUACCCUUCGGGUACAAAACACCCUGGGUUAUCACCUGCGGUCCUGAUAAUCUGGAUAUUGAUGUACCUGCUUGUCAACAAACCUGUGCUGUACCGGCUGCUCCCCCUCACGCUACACUGUCCCAAGUAAACAGUACCCGUUUGAAGCUCAGAGAGCCUAUAACGGCUACCUGUAAAGAGUAUUACAGUUACGAGGUGGAUAUGGGCACCUCUAACACUAAGGAGUUUACUUGUUCGGAUACAAGUGGCAGCCCUACCGUGGAUAUCAACGACUUUUGUUAUGUGUAUGCAAAGUUAUCCAGCAAAACUACUGGUACAGCAAAGCUUGAGCUAAAGGGUGAAAUAAACGACGGUGGAAACUACGACAACGGUGAUACUGUCGUAGAUUUUAUAAUAACAGGAGCAACAACUGAUCUGGCGAAGCAAGCAAAGCCGAAUGUAGCAGUAGAAGUUGUUGUGGGUAGCUAUGAACCACUAAAAGUGGAGGUGAGGACUACUUCAGUGGAUAGUAGUGGGGAGAAGAAGGUUAUUAUUAUCACCGAGCAGGAUAUCUACCCUGGUCCCUCGUCACCACCAGCAGUACAACAAGACUCGGCUAGCUCCACUGUUAAUGUUCAGCUCGUACCAUCUGCUGGUGAUGUUAUCUUGGAGAACGUAGUACAGGAACAUCUUAUAAAGUACACGAUCCAAUACACCAACAACGGUAAAGAUGAAACAAUAGAUGUCGGUAAAGAUGACAGAAAGAUACCCAUCACACUUUCUAACUUAUUACCUGCUACAACUUACACUAUAACAACUACUACAGUGUUACCUGUAGAGUAUGGCGGAGAGGGGGACCCUACUUCAUCUACUGUUUACACUGGACCAAGUCAGGUGGAUGAGGCAACGUUUAAGAGUACUGUAAUUGAAGAUGCAGUGAAACUCGAGUGGGGUUCUGUUGACGGAGCUGAUAAAUACAAAGUAGAUCUGUUUGAGAACGGAACGAGCACAAGAUCCCAUUAUCCAAAAGAUUCCAAGAUUGAGUACGUUAAAUUCAACUCCAAAACAACCUAUAAGCUGGAGAUAAGAGCAAUAAGAGAGGUUGAUAUCAACAGUAAACUAGUCGAGUAUUCCGGAGAUAUCCUGGACAAAGAGCUCUCAGGGCCUCCACCAGCCCCAACUACGGACCAGUUCGAGGUAACCAACACCAGCGACAGUGUGACAGUACGGAGAGUAUCCUCUGAGGAUCAGACAACCCGCACUAACAUGGUACAGGGUGAUGGUGUGGGGUACAUUGUGUUUGUUAGUCAUAGUGGGGUCAAGGAACAGAAGACACUUGCAGCUGAGGAACCCUCCCUCGUGCUUGGAGACCUGAGGUUAUCUUCAGACUACGAGAUAAUGGUAGCCCAGACUGUAGGGACAGGUUACGGAAUGAAAACCUUCCUCAAAUCCUUCAAAACAGCGGACUGUAGAACACUGGACUGUGUGAACUGCCAGGAAACCACCCAGUUCGACUACGUCUCCUUCGAGACCGCUGUUACCGUUAAAUGUCUGGAUGAAAACUUCAUUAGGGAGAAAGACGCUGAAACAGGUGAGACAACGUAUAAAGCAGAGAAAACUUUGCUCUGUAACGGAAACAACCAGUACGUGGAUCAGGACAAUGAGAACCAGAUUAUCACCAUUAUAGAGUGUAUUAAACAAGGUGCGGUAAUUGAUCCGGUAGGUGGAGACUACACUUUAUACUACAUCAUAGCUGGAGUAGGGGUAUUCUUGGUUCUUAUAAUUAUAAUCAUCAUCGUGGUUAUAAGACGAAAGAGAACUCAGGGAUCUUAUAACGCUAAGAAAGCUAAGGAUACAUCUAAAAAUGGGGUCGCAUCUCCAGACUUGGGCUUGGAACAACCAAAGACCUUUGUAAACGAUGAUGCCUUCUUCGAAAACAAGUGGGAUAACGAGUUACUCAGGGCUCAGUCAGGACGCAGUAAAGCUACUUCUUACGGGUCACAGGAAUUACGGAUGACGAUAGCGGACAGUGACAGUGGUAUCACAGAAGACCUAGAGAACACAUACUUCAACCCCACUCUGUACAGUACUAACUGUGAGGACGAUACUAUUUCUACUAAAUCCGCCCUCGUGUGAGCAAGGGGUAUUACCUAGCAACCGUAACCUAGCUACUGUAACCUAGCAACGGUUUACGAACUUUCAGUUAACUCAGAUCAGUGUAUCACGUGAGAGAGAAGAGGAAUUAAAACUUUGCUUUGUUUCUGUGAUAAAUUGGUUUUGGAACUGUGUAGGGGAUUGUGACCACAAACUUUAGAGAUCAUCAUCUGAGAAACAGAAGAAGUUCUUUAAUUAAUUAAUGAAGCUGACGUCAGGACUGAAGACUGUAUUAUAGUAUAGUUACAGAGUUCAGUAACUACACUAGCUGCUACUGGAGUAGUAAGGACAGAGCUGUAAUAAUUAUCAGAGUCACACUUCUGUUUGCUUUACUUGGAAUAUAGAUUGAUUAUAACACAUUUUAAUAAACUGUUUAUUAAUUCAAAUUUAUUUAUUAUUUGAUCAGUACGUAGGGAGUGUAAUUAAGUAAUCGUACGUUGAUUUAUAACAAUUUAUAUUUAGUUUUGUUUGGCUGUACAGAAGCUAACAAGUUUAAUAAACUGCCAGAAUACGAUAAUUAAGGUUUUUACGACGAGAAAACUUCGUUUUGAAGAAUAGUUCAGAUAAAUAAUUACACGGAGAAAUAAUUAGUGAUUUGUAAUAACUCUGACUUAUUUUAAAUUGCCUGACUUGGGAGCACCUCAUUAUACCUAGUAUUUAGUUUAGUUCCUGUAUUAAUAUAUUAUACAGUAAUAUAAUCUAUUUAACUUAGAUUUCAGACGAUCACCAGGG